CAAUCGCACUGGAAGAUAAUUCAGACGGGACUGGGAGCUGCAUUUUUUUUCCACCGAGGGAAGACUAGUCCGUGGAGGAGCCCAGAGGUGCUGAGAGAACAGUAGUCCAGGCCUCGUGCAGAGCACAGGUCGAUCUCUCUCUCCGUUGUUUCGAGCGCCAGGAUGAAAUUUGAAGACGUGCUGGCCGAUUUGAACGGCUUCGGGAGGUAUCAGGUUCUGAUGAUCACACUGCUGUUCAUUCCCCGGGUUAUUCUCCCCCUCCACUUCCUCCUCGUCAACUUCAUGGCGGCCGUGCCGGAUCACCGCUGCCACAUCCGCGGUCUGGACGACGGGGACGCCUUCGCAAAUCUGACCCUGGAUCAGCGGCUGACCGUCAGCAUUCCAACGCAGGAAGACGGGACUCUGAGUUCCUGUAGGAUGUUCAGAGAGCCUCAGUUCCACCUGCUGCACAACUCUUCCAACGCUACUGAGAUACCUGCAGUCCCAUGUCUGUACGGAUGGGUGUAUGACAACAGCACUUUUGCAUCAACUGUAGCAACGGAGUGGGACCUGGUGUGUGACAGGAAGGGGAUGAACAAAGCCAUCGGCACCAUCUUCUUCAUCGGCGUGAUGUGUGGAGCCGUGGCGUUCGGCACUCUCUCCGACAGAUUUGGCCGGAAGACCAUGCUGCUCGUGUCUUAUCUGUUAUCGAUCUCCUUUGGGCUCGCGAGCGCUUUUUCAAAGUCCUACUUGAUGUUCGGCAUCAUGAGAUUUUUCACUGGAUUUGGCCUCACGGGGAUAAGCAUCAUCUCAAUUGUCCUCAGCAUCGAGUGGGUGGAAAAAGAGAACAGGGCCUUUAUCGGAGUUUUGGGCAGCAUGUCAUGGACUUUGGGCAACAUGAUGUUGGCGGGCUUCGCGUAUUUUGUGAAUGAAUGGAGACUGCUGAUCAUUGCAGUCACUGCCCCUCUGGGGCUGGCGAUCAUCACCUGGUGGUGGAUUCCAGAGUCAGCCAGGUGGCUGAUAGCCAAUGGGAAGGUGGAGACGGCCCACAAAUACUUGAUGAAAUGUGCUGCUUUUAAUAAUAAAAAGGAGGCUGCGUCUAAAAUCAAGUUACAGACUCUGUCCAAUGUUGUGACAGUCAAUGACAAAAACAAGAGGUACACCUAUCUGGACCUGGUGAAAACUCCGAACAUGAGGAAGCGUGUUGCUGUCACUGGUGUCCUGUGGUACGGCGUCGCCUCCACGUAUUACGGGAUCAGCCUGGACAUCACCAGCUUCGGUCUGAGCAUGUAUCUCACCCACUUCAUCUACGGGGCGAUCGAGGUCCCCGCCAAAGUGCUCGUCUACUUCAGCCUGAACGCGAUUGGCCGAAGGAAGACACAAGUGGGCACACUGAUUCUGACGGGGGUGUGCAUCGCCAUCAACAUCAUCACUCCCAAAGACAUGUGGUACUUCCGCACCAUCGUGGCCGUGCUGGGGAAAGGGCUGUCUGAGGCCUCCUUCACGUCCGUCUUCCUGUACACGUCUGAGCUCUACCCCACCGUCGUCAGACAAAAUGGCCUGGGGUACAGCAGCUUCACGGCUCGCCUGGGCGUGUCCAUUGCUCCUCUGAUCAUGCUAUUGGACGAUGUGUGGAAGCUCCUCCCACAAGUCAUUCUUUGCUUAGUCGCCAUUUCCACUGGGCUGCUGGCCUCGCUGCUGCCGGAAACUCACAACGAGCUCCUGCCAGAGACCAUAGAGGACGUCGAACAAACCAGGAAAAGGUCAGUGCAUCCACCCACCCAAGAAAAGAAUGACUCUCCUCUGAAACCAUUAACCAGCGAAGCCACUGAAAAUGGCGUCUAACGUUACCGGAGGUCUCCUGUGACAGCUUCCAAUUCGUUUUCCGAACACCGGGUGACCUGGAAAAACAAGUGAAAUGCCAAAAGGACACACGUGAGGCGCCAAACAGUUGAAUUUAUGCUUUUUUUGCUUCAUUUAACUGAAGGAUCCUCACAUCUUUCUACCUUGGCAUGUUCCAGCUGUUUUCGAACAAGUGAAAACAAUUGGUAUGUCUACGUCACAUGAAACAUUAUGCAUGCUUUAUGCAUGUCCCAUGCUCUUUAAUCACACGAUGGUUGCACAGGCUUAAAUUGGUUCUUCACAAAGUGAGGACAAAGUACAUUGUAGUUAGACCAAAGAAUGACCAAAGAAAUGUGUUUGUGCAUGAUUUACAUUUCAGGAAGCCUUCUGUAUUCUUUAAUUAUUUACAGUAAAAUCAUGUUAUUUUCUGUAAAUCAUGCUGUGAAGGUCUCUUUCACAACCUCCUGCUUUGUUACGUGAUGGUAGCUCAUUUUACCAGUCACACUUCCUGUGGCCCAGAUGUCCAAUAGUCAGAGUAUGUGGGGGGAGAGCCAUAGGGAAAAAAAUGAUUCAAACAGCCUGCUCUUCAACGGGUUAAUGUAUAUAUCUGGCACUGUAUUUUGCGUGAAACUGAAAUGGUCUGCUCAUUAAGGUUGGGUAACACUAAAAUGCAAUGUGUCAGCGGAAAAAUUCCCUGAACGUUCUUUUCCUGAAUGGAAAUGAUUGAUUUCCAAACCAUGCCUUAAAAGUUGCUUUAGGCUUGCUCCUGUGGGGGUUUAGGCCAGGGUUGUCUGUGAAGCGUAUUGUGACAAUUGCUGUGAAAUACGCUAUGUAAAUAAAAUUUGAUUGAUUGAUUAAAGUUUGGUACUCUGUUACUCUCUGGUACAGUAUUUCAAGGGAAACUGAAAUGGCCUGCUUAUGAAGGUUUGGUUAAACUAAAAUGCUUUGAAACUUGUGAACUGAAGGACAAUUCAGUUUCCCUUCAAAUACAGUACCAGGGAGUACCAGAUACAUACUUUUCCCCUUUGAAGAGUAGGUCCGAGUCAGUGUUCUAGAAUUCCAUUGCUUUCAAUUGCCAGUUGUGAUUGUUACAUCAGCAUUAGAAUGUUCAGUGAAGAACAUUCUAAUCACAUAUUUGUGAUCUCACACCUUACCGGGUUAAUUACUUUGAUUGGUUAGUAUCACGCAGGAGCCUGUUCCUUGGUAACAAAGCUCAGACUAGAGCAGUUACAUAUGCAGUGGAAAGAAUGGACAUUAAAAUGACAUUUAAACAUUUGAAAUGUAUGUAUUAAGAUGUAUUAAGGUAUGAAGAGUUCAAUAGAGAUGGGACCGAUGUGAAUGUACAUAUAUAUAUUCAAGAUAUAUAAGCAAAUAAUACACAGCAGUACAACCUGGAGCAAUAUUAUGCUGUGCUUGGAAUGCUCCACAAAUUGUAUACAUUUUCUUUCAUAGAUAAAAACAAAUUGAUGUGGACUUGUGAAAGUUUGCUUGAAUAAAACAACAGUAGAAAUGCA